CGGCUCGGCACGGCUCGGCACGGCUCGGCACGGAGCGCCGGGCCCGCACCGGCCCAGGGGCAGGAGGAUACAGGCAGGCGGCAGGACGCAGGGGCUGGCGGCAGGCAACUGCUCCCGGACUCCCUCCUCGGUGCAGAGAGCCGGAGCACAGCGGCAGCAGGGUCCACUUUGGUGCUGAAGGGGCGCCAGUCCCAGGCGCCCGCCCUCUCUCCCCACCAUGCCGUCCAGCGGGACCCUCGAUGCCAGCAGCCCCACUCCGAACCGCGAGGCGCUCGACGCAAACAAGGGGGAAGAGGAGCCCGAGGAGAACCAGAGCAAGGAGGAGAAGGAGCCAGGGACACCCAUGAGGAAAGCCGGGCGGCCCGGGAGGAAGCGCAAGCAUGCCCAGGUGGAAAGCAGUGACACCCCCAAAGACACGGCAGCCGUCCCCAAGUGCCCCCCGCCCUGCCCAGAAGCCAGCCCCGCCGAGCCGCUGCCCAACGGGGACGUGGAGGGGGACAGUGCCCAGUGGAAGGGUGUGGAGGAGAGUGGCACGAGCCCCAAGGGUGGGCGCCCCGAGGAGGACGAGACGGAGAGCCUGCCGGACGGCGAGACGGGCCGGGCGCUGGAGAACGGCCGCUGCACCCCCAAGGAGGGCCUGGACGCCCCGGCCGAUGAGGGUGAGCUGGCCCCUUCCGACCCCCAGAAGAAACGCGGGAGGAGGAAACUCCUGGAGGCCACAGAGAAAAGCAAGGAAGAGAAGGAAGAAAACAACUUUGACACCCUGAAAAUGGAGGGCUCCCGCGGGCGAUUGCGGGGCGGGCUGGGCUGGGAAUCAAGCCUGCGGCAGCGGCCCAUGCAGCGACACACCUUCCAGGCUGGGGACCCCUACUACAUCAGCAAGAGGAAGCGGGAUGAGUGGCUGGCCCGCUGGAAGAGGGAGGCGGAGAAGAAGGCAAAGGUGAUCGCCGUGAUGAAUGUGGUGGACGAGACGCCACGGACAGAGCCCCAGAAGGAGGAGGAGGCCAGCCCCCCUGCCUCGCAGCAGCCCACAGACCCUGCCUCACCCAACGUGGCCACCACACCUGAGCCGGUGGUGGCUGAUGCUGUUGACAAGAACACCUCCAAGUCAGCCGAUGACGAGCCAGAGUACGAGGAUGGCCGGGGCUUCGGCAUCGGCGAGCUGGUGUGGGGCAAGCUGCGCGGCUUCUCCUGGUGGCCUGGGCGCAUCGUCUCCUGGUGGAUGACAGGCCGGAGCCGGGCGGCUGAAGGUACUCGCUGGGUGAUGUGGUUCGGGGACGGCAAGUUCUCAGUGGUCUGUGUGGAGAAGCUGCUGCCGCUCAGCUCUUUUGCCAGCGCCUUCCAUCAGGCCACCUAUAAUAAGCAGCCCAUGUACCGCAAAGCCAUCUACGAGGUGCUGCAGGUGGCAAGCAGCAGAGCAGGGAAGAUCUUUCCGGCGUGCCCUGAGAAUGAUGAGACGGACACCUCCAAGGUGGUGGAGAUCCAGAAUAAGCAGAUGAUCGAGUGGGCCCUGGGCGGCUUCCAGCCCUCUGGCCCCAAGGGCCUGGAGCCCCCCGAAGAGGAACGAAACCCCUACAAAGAAGUUUACACGGAGAUGUGGGUAGAGCCGGAAGCAGCUGCCUACGCACCACCCCCACCCGCCAAAAAACCCAGGAAAAGCACAACAGAGAAGCCCAAGGUCAAAGAGAUCAUCGAUGAGCGCACCCGAGAGCGGCUUGUGUAUGAGGUCCGGCAGAAAUGCAGGAACAUUGAAGACAUCUGCAUCUCGUGUGGGAGCCUCAACGUGACCCUGGAGCAUCCUCUAUUUAUCGGAGGAAUGUGCCAAAACUGCAAGAACUGCUUCUUGGAGUGCGCAUACCAGUACGAUGAUGACGGCUACCAGUCCUACUGCACCAUCUGCUGCGGUGGCCGGGAGGUGCUCAUGUGCGGCAACAACAACUGCUGCAGGUGCUUCUGUGUGGAGUGCGUGGACCUGCUGGUGGGCCCUGGGGCAGCCCAGGCGGCCAUCAAGGAGGACCCCUGGAACUGCUACAUGUGUGGCCAUAAGGGUGUCUACGGGCUGCUGCGGCGGCGGGAGGACUGGCCCUCACGCCUCCAGAUGUUCUUCGCCAACAACCACGACCAGGAGUUUGAUCCACCGAAGGUGUACCCGCCGGUGCCGGCUGAGAAGAGGAAGCCAAUCCGGGUGCUCUCGCUCUUCGAUGGCAUUGCCACAGGCCUGCUGGUGCUGAAGGACCUGGGUAUCCAGGUGGACCGCUACAUCGCCUCUGAGGUGUGUGAGGACUCCAUCACUGUCGGCAUGGUGAGGCACCAGGGCAAGAUCAUGUACGUCGGGGACGUCCGAAAUGUCACCCAGAAACACAUACAGGAGUGGGGCCCAUUCGACCUGGUCAUUGGGGGGAGCCCCUGCAACGACCUCUCCAUUGUCAACCCAGCCAGGAAGGGGCUCUAUGAGGGCACCGGGCGGCUCUUCUUCGAGUUUUACCGCCUGCUCCAUGAAGCCCGGCCCAAGGAGGGUGAUGAUCGGCCUUUCUUCUGGCUCUUUGAGAACGUGGUGGCCAUGGGGGUGAGCGACAAGAGGGACAUCUCGCGCUUCCUGGAGUCCAACCCUGUCAUGAUUGAUGCCAAAGAAGUGUCUGCAGCACACAGGGCACGGUACUUCUGGGGGAAUCUUCCUGGGAUGAACAGGCCACUCGCAUCCACAGUCAACGAUAAGCUGGAGCUGCAGGAGUGCCUGGAGCAUGGCAGGAUAGCAAAGUUCAGCAAAGUGCGAACUAUCACCACUCGCUCCAACUCCAUCAAGCAGGGCAAGGACCAGCAUUUCCCUGUCUUCAUGAAUGAAAAGGAGGACAUCCUGUGGUGCACAGAGAUGGAGAGGGUCUUCGGCUUCCCGGUGCAUUACACGGACGUGUCCAACAUGAGCCGCCUGGCCCGGCAGAGACUGCUUGGCAGAUCCUGGAGCGUGCCGGUGAUCCGCCACCUCUUUGCUCCCCUGAAGGAAUACUUUGCCUGCGUUUAAGAGAGACGGACAGGAACUGGUGACACGGAGCGAGUCAGAAACAAAACCAUCCACGCCAACAGAAGUGAAAACACAGAAUGAGAGAAGAGUCAGCACCCAGAAGAGAGACGGGAUUUCACAGCCCGAUGGGAACCCGGCACACGUCUCCCCGAGCGAAAGGGUUCGGUGUCCUCUCCUGAAUUUCCAAUGUUCAGCUUUUAGCCUAUUUAAAAGAAAAAAACCACAAAAAAAAACCAAAACACCACCAACGAAAACAACAACAGAAAAAAAGGCGAACGAAAAAAAAAAAGAAAAAAAAAGGAAAACAAAAAACCAAAACCAUUUUUUUUGGGGGGUAACCUUUUCAUUUUCCGCUCUUUUCUGGCUGGGUUUUUCUGUUGGUUUGGUUUCCGCUUCUCGGAGCAGCGGGCGAGACGAGACGCCGUCGCCAGCUCUGCUCUCGGAGGAGGGGAAACAGCAGCGGGAAACCCCAGCCGGGAGAGAGGUGGAGGCGAAGGAGAACCCGCUCCGUCGGCGCCGAGCUCGCGGCCCCAGCCGCCGGCCUGGUGAGCUUGUGGGGAGCGCGAAGCGGCAGGGAGGCGCUCGGCCGGCUCCGCAACACCCAGCGACUGAGCCUCACUCUUUUCCACCAGCACCAUUCACUGGUGAUAUGGAGCCAACCCAACUGGCAGGGAAGCCGAGAACACACACACCACAACACACACCUUUUCUACAGUAUUUUGGGUGCCUACCACAUGGGAAACCUUGAAGAAAGCAAAUUCUAGAAGCCGCUGUUACCUCUUGUUUACAGUUUAUAUAUAUAUGAUAGAUAUGAGAUAUAGAUAUAUAUAUAUAUAAAAGGUACUGUUACUACUGUACAACCUGACUUCAUAAUGGUGCUUUUAAACAGCGGGGUGAGUCAAGACAUCAGCUUCCAUGUUGCCUUACGUGCCGGGCCUUUCCGAGCGAGCGGCGCAGGAGGGGGCCGGGGCUGCGGCCGGGCGGGAAGCGUCUCCAUCCCGAGUCAUGCAAUAACCUUUUUCUGUCCUAAAAGGAAGCGCCUCCCUCGGCGGCGGUGGCGGUGGUGCUGGUGGUGGUGGUGGUGGUGGCCGCCCUGCCUGCCUUGCCCGCCACGCGCACAAACGUACUGGUGCUCUUCUGCAUACGUGGCGUCCCCGACCAGGCUGGUGCUGGGUGUCCCCCCUCCAACCCGGGGGCAGCAGCAGGGUGCUUCUGCCUGCUUCUGCCUGCAGGUGCUGCCUGCCGGGGCGGCGCGGGGCACAGGUGCUGUGAAUCGGGCUCUUGCCGAAAGCCGUGGCUGUGCAGGAGGACGCGGGCAGGGCAGAAUGCAGGCAGGGAGGAAGCGCAGGACGGAGCGGUGCUGGAGCGUGGCUGGGGCGCUCCCAGUGCAGGAUGAGGACAGCUGCAGGGCCGUGGACCCUGGUGCUACAUCCGCGGGUCCGGGCUGGUUGGCAGGAGGGCGAUUCCCUGGUGAGACAGGAUGGGACCCCAGUGUUGCGCACUGGGUGACUUGAGGCAUCGCUCCUCUGUUGGAGUGUGGUUCUGGAGUGACUGUCCCAUCAGUGCCCCAUGUUCCCUUCCUGGGGCAAUGGGUGCCUGUGAGGUGCAUGGCGGGCACAGCAGUGUUGGUGUCAAGGGCAGGCAGCUCUGGCUGCAGGGGCCAGGUGCUGCAGUAGUGUUGGCAGUGCAGAGAGGAGCCAUGGUGCAUGCAGGCAGGUGCUGGCAUUGCUGUGGAUGGCUACUUGUUUGGCAGCUGUGGGUGCCACAGGAGGACAGUGGGUCUGAUAUGGUGCAGGGGAAUUGCCUCACAUCCUCAGUGCCCACUGGGGUGGCCGGAUCCUGUGCCUGGCAGGGGCAGGGACUGGUGCUACGGUGCGGGGGGGACUCAAAUUGGGUCUCCAGCCCAUUGCCGUCUCUUCUCUAACUGUGAAAGGUGCUGAAGGUCUGCAGGCAGGCGGGGUCCGCUGGCUGCUCGGUGCAGGGUGCUGGCUAAUGGCAGCGAGCCGCGCUGGCGGCCCCAGGGUGCUGAGAGGUGCUGGGACCGAUGGUGGCGGUAAGGGCGAGUGGGGUGGCCCCAGUGCCCCCCAUCUCCCCACAGCGCCUGGUGCUACUGGGGGUUUGGAGGAGGCCCCUCUGUCGGUGUGGAUGGCGCAGGGAGCUGGGCAGCACAGGGCAGCUGCAGUGGGGGCACCGCGGGGCCCAGCUUUGCCAGUGAGGGUAAAGGAGGUGAGGUGGGAUGUGGCCCCCAGCCCUAGGUGCUGAGCUGGGCCUAUGGGCUUCAGCUUGGUCCUGGGGCUGGUCUGGCACAGGACUGCUGCAGCAGUGCAGGGUGGGAGCCUUGCAUGGCCCUGCAGCACUGCUUGCAGGUCCUGCAUGGCCCAAAGCAUUUGGUGUAAGUGCUGCAUGGCCCUGCAGUACUGUCUGCAGGUUCUGCAUGGCCCUGCAGUGUCACAUGCAAAUCCUACAUGGCCUUGCAGCAUUGCAUGCAAGUCAUGCAUUGCUCUGCAGCACCACUCGCAGGUCAUGCACUGCCCUCCAGCACUAUCUGCAGGUCUUGCAUGGCCCACAGUGCUGGCUGCAGGUGCCACAUGGCUCUGCAGCACUGCAUGCGGGUCCUGCACAGCCUUUCAGCAUCACAUGCGAGUCCUGCAUAGCCCUUUAGCAUCUCAUGCAAGUCUUGCGCAGCCCUGCAGCACUGGCUGCAGGUACUGCACGGCUCUACAGCACUGAGGGCAAGUGCUGCAUGGCCCUGCAGUGCUGAGUACGAAUCAUGCAUGGUCCUGCGGCGUUGUGCUUGCAGCACUGCAGCACUGGUUGUAAGUUGUGUGUGAUACUGCAGUGCUGGGUGGUGGUCCUGCAAGCCCUGCAGUGCUGGGUGCUGGUGCUACAUGGCCCUGCAGGGCUGGGUGCUAGUGCUGCACAAUGCUGCAGCACCAUUUGCAAGUCCUGCAUGGCCUUGCAGCACUGUCUGCAGGUUCUGCAUGGCCUUGCAGUGCCAGGUGUGAAUCCUGCACAGCUGUGCAGCACCACUGACAGUGCAGUGCCAGUGGGGAGCAUGGCACAGCUCUGCAACAGGGCUUGGGGGUCCCUGCUGUGCUGCACCACCCUGGUGCAGCCCUGCAGUGCUUCAAUGGGACCCUCAACCCUGCCACACCUUUCAUAGGCCAGGUCCCAAUCAGUGCUGUGGCAUGGCAUGCCGGCAUGGUGUGGCAAUGAUGCGUCCCAUGCUGCUCUGGCACCCGCUACGGGCACCAGUGGUUGGGAUGCCCAGGCAGGUGCCAGAGCCGGUGCCAACGGGAAGCAGGUUCCCGUGGUGGCCCAACUGGAAUGGUGCCGGUGCAAUGCCGGGCUCGGCUCGGUGGUGCCAGGGGCACGUUGGCGGCGGCGGCAGUGGGGAUGCCGGGGAAAGAGUUCAGUUUUUAACGUACCCGACUCACAUCUUUUUUUAACAAAAACAGACAAAUUUUGUUGCACAGCCCUUAGAUGAAAAACGGUAAAAAACAGAGAAAAUAAAAAGAAAAAUAAGCCUAAAUUCCUUAAAAUCCGCCGAGGGAGUAGGGGACAAACACGGUGCUAAAACAUUUUAUUAAAAAUAUAUAUUGUUAAAUUAAGUCUGCUGUCUGGACAAUGACUGUUUUGUUUUCUUGUAGUGGAGUUUCAAAGAGCACUAUUAUUUUACUCUUAUAUAUUAUUAUUAAAAAAAAAAAAGGAAAAAAAAAACCGACAAAAACAAAAAGGCAUUUUAACUUUGUACUUGAAAACUAAACAAGAGAUUUCAUGUGUUUUAGCCUAGACAUUGAAGUAGCUGACGCUUAACUAUUUGUGGGGAAUCAUGUACUCAUACCGAGGGAUAAACGCGUAGAGUUCGGUACCCUCCUCUUCCUCCUCUCCUAUGAUUUGGCUCAGCCUGUGCCCCACCACCACAUUCCCAGCCGCCCCGGCUGCUCCCCCCCACCCCAAAUCCCUAUCCCAAACCUCCCCUUUUUCCUCCCCAUUUUAUUUUGUGCUUCCCUCUCUCUCGGUUCGUCCCUUCUGUUUUUUGUUGGUUUGUUUUUUUAGGGUCGCUUCUCUAUUUAUUGCCGCUGAAUACUGUGCAUCUCACCGUACGGUUCUGGCCCGCGGGGCUGCCCGGCGCUCUGUCGUGUCUGUGUAAGUAUUGCUCGUGACAUAGCUGUUCUGAACUAAUACAAGGUCAAUGCGUGCAGCAGAUGUAGGAAGUCUGUCCGUUCCGCUUCCAUCCCAUCCUCCUGAUUUAUUUCUUUUUUCUUUGGUGCCCAGAAGACUAUAAUACAGAUGAGCUCCUUUCUAAUGUACUUGUGCUGGAGAACACUUGAAUAAAUGUACUGUUUUUGUGCAAAAAAAAAAAGAGAAAAAAAGAGGGAAAAAAAAGA